UUUUACUAAAUUUAGUGGUAUUAAUAAACAGAUUUUUAAUCUGCUCGUCCGCUCGCUAACGCUCAACUGACUUCCAUCAUGGCGGGCCAGCAAGCUCCGAUGUCACCAGAGCCGCCAAUGCUGCGGAGCAUGCCCAGUUCUGGAAGCUUCCCGCGUCUUCCCGUCACGCCCAUAACACCGCGCUCACCGGGAUCCCCCUCCGCGUUCUUCCUUCAUACUGGGGCCACAAAUAUCGUCGUUCUAUCGCCACCAUCGCCGACCGACUCGAGCGUCUCUCACUCGGCUACCACAGUGUCCACCGUCGCCUGCGAGGCCUGUGUGAAGGCUCGAAGAUGGUUGCAUAUGAAUGUGGUGCAGCGUGUACUGUCAGCGCUUGUGUUGGUGCCACUCAUCACGGUCUUCCUGUGGCUCUCACCUGCUUUUGCCACUGCCACGUUCUGCACCUUCGUGACCAGCAUCUGCUCCUACGAAUAUGCAUGGCUGCAACACCGUAUUUAUCUGCGUGUCAUGACCAAGAUGAACGCCUGCGAGCCAGGAUUAAUGCACAGGGACGCCGUGUCAAACCAGAACAGCCGCGAUGGGGACGACAACCGUGUGUCUGGCAGCUUCAGCCGCAGCACACGAAGUGAAAGUGGCAGUAGUAGUAGAGAGAGAAGAGUGGAGGGGUCAGUAGAUAUCGCAGGCGACGUGUAUAUCAACAGAGGGCGCAUUGCAGCUAGCACUAGCGGAGAAACUGUGCAGUCGUCGCCGUUAACGCCUCCACCGCCUCCAAGAGCCUCCGUUUUGUCCCCGCAAUUGGACGAGACGCCUCGACAGCGAAGACCCAGCCACGACAGCAACGUACAGGAGGACGAGGAGUAUUUGCACGACUCGAGUUUCUCAAAUACUGCGGUGUCCAAAAUUGCCGACAAAUACUUCGGACAGAAUGAGUGGAUUGCUGCGUUGGUAUUGUCAGCGCUUGCCACUCUCCUCACGACGCCAAUAUUCCUGAUCUACGUCAAUCACAUCCCCGAGCUGCAGGAGAAGCAACUGUUCAAGCUUCGAUGGUUCUACAGCAUCGCCACCGAUUUCGUCGCUGCUCUCUGCGCGUUCUUCACUCCCAAUUGGAAGUAUGCCUUCAUCUGCCUUGUGGAGAAGGCGGUAUUUACAUUAUUGACCAUGCACUCGACUGCGUGCCCCAUCAACCGCUUCCGUUGCGGUGUGUCUCUGGAACCAGCUCAAGUUUUCCUUUCUGGCGUGGUGGUUAUCGUGUUCUUUCGUCUACAGACGCGCACUUCAGGACCCGCCACGUUCCUACACAUUGCGCUGGACAUGCUUGGCUAUUUGUAUAUCAUCGGCAGUCUCUCGGUCAUUGUUGCGUUCGUAGAUGACGAGCGACUGGAAUCGUAUCGCAAGCUCCUGAUCGUCCUGCUGUACGUCGUGUGGGCGUCCGAUACUGGAGCUUACUUGACGGGAAAGCUACUGGAGCGGAUCCACUACAGUUACUACAAUCCGCUGGCCUCUCAUCUGUCCAAGAACAAGGACUAUGAAGGAACGUGGGGCGAUUAG